AUGGAUCUGCGGUCACCGUUAGCUUCAGACAUGAGGAGACGCGGAGGGCAGCGGUAGCGGCUGUAACUUUUGUGCUUUUCUUCAACCAAAGUCUCGCCAUGUCCGGGCUUUGGACCGUGAAAGCUCAGCCCGAGGGGAGGACGUGUCUUUAACCAACCCUAAAACCGGGUCUGCAGCAGGUGGAAGCCGACUCCGCCGCCUCUGCCUCCGGCUCGGAGUCCGACAUGGCCAGCCUGAACUGGAAGCCCUUCAUCUACGGGGGAAUGGCCUCGAUUGUCGCAGAAUUUGGCACGUUCCCCAUAGAUUUGACCAAGACGCGACUGCAGGUCCAGGGCCAGUCUCAGUACACUGAGGUGCGGUACAGAGGCAUGUUCCAUGCUCUGUUCAGGAUCGGCAAAGAGGAGGGCAUCCGGGCGCUCUACUCAGGGAUCUCUCCCGCUCUGCUGAGACAGGCCUCUUAUGGGACCAUCAAGAUUGGUACCUACAACACUAUGAAACGCUUCUUUGUGAGUCGCCCAGAAGAUGAGACGAUGGUGAUAAAUGUGUUCUGUGGAGUGGUGUCUGGAGUCCUGUCCUCAUCUUUGGCCAACCCCACUGAUGUCCUCAAGAUCCGCAUGCAGGCACAGGGCAGUCUGCUGCAGGGGAGCAUGAUGUCCAACUUCAUCAACAUCUACCAGACAGAGGGCACCAAGGGCCUGUGGAGGGGUGUGAUCCCCACAGCUCAGCGUGCCGCCAUUGUUGUUGGUGUAGAACUUCCUGUUUAUGACAUCACCAAGAAACACCUCCUGCGCUCCGGCCUCAUGGGAGACACCAUCCUGGCUCAUUUCAUCUCCAGUUUCACCUGUGGCCUGGCGGGGGCACUGGCAUCGAACCCUGUGGACGUGGUGAGGACGCGGAUGAUGAACCAGCGCGUCCUGUCAGGGGCGCCGCUAUACAAAGGCACCAUGGACGGCGUAAUGCAGACCUGGAGGAACGAGGGAUUCUUUGCACUCUACAAAGGUUUCUGGCCCAACUGGCUCCGGCUCGGGCCCUGGAACAUCAUCUUCUUCAUCACGUUCGAGCAGCUGAAGAAACUCCCGUUUUAACCUGAAGAACUGAAGUUUGUAUCUCACAUGUGUCACAUCACUGAAGUAUGCAGCUCUUUUCUGCAGCUCAUGGUUUAUUUACCUCCAUUUGGAAAGACUUGAAUCUCUCUCCUUUGACUGACACUCCCAAGAAGCAUCAACCUAUUCUAAGUCACCACACACUUCUGCCCUGUGUAGAUAAUGUACAGAUUUCAAACACAGACCUGAAGUCGGGCACAUGUGAAUAGAAUGUUAAUUGUAAAUCAUUAUUCUGACGCUAUGUUCUUAAAAUUAAUUUGUAGAUUACUUUGGAUUUGAAUGAAACACUCUUUAUUCUAGUUUGAAACACAUGUAUGAGUUACUUGUUUUUUUUGUUUUUUUAAUAUUUCUUAAAGGGCCUUUACCUCAUUUCAAACUAUGACCCAGCAACAUGUUUUAGUUUGAACUUGAAACUCCAACCACUUGGUCCUUUCUGCCUCUGUGACACAGAUGUGUGUCAAUGAUCAGUGAGGUUAGGAAGGAGUAAGGAAAGCAGACAGUGUGCUUCCUUUCAAUCCUCCUUUAGCAUAGGAAUCAUGAGAGGUUCCUAACCUGCGGUAAGGAGCUAUGCAAUCCCAUUAUCCACUGCCCAGAUUAAACAAAAACAUCUUCAAAUACUCAUUUACAAGUUAUACAUUGCAGCAGAAUAUUAAAUCAGCUAGAUAAAUGUAAAUAAACUCACUUUGUCACUUGUAAAGCAAUUGCUUCUGAGUCACAACAGCUCGUUGAUCUUCCAAAGUGUUUAAUGCUAUAAUGUGUCUAUUGUUUAUCAUUUUACUGAACAGCUGUUCCCACCACUGGUUACGAGGUUCUUCUCCUCACUCGUCCUUGGUCCUUUUAGUUGACCUCAUGACGAAGCUCUCAGAGGUCAAGGAAAACGACAGAGGUGUUUUUGCCCAAUUCCAGAUUGAGCCAGUGCCAUGCAGUUGUGUUCUUAUAGUUCUCCUUAUUCCCGAUUGGAUGAAAGGACAUAUUACCUGAGAAAAUGCUAUGUUUGUAAAAUAUAACAAAUUAAUUGGUCUUAUAUUUAGCAGUUUUUAUCUAACGAUGCAUGACGUAAAAACAUUUAUCUUGACACAAAUACAUUAAAAUCAGGUACUGGCUCUUUAAGAUAAUUACAUUAGGACACUUUGACCUUUUGAGUUAUGUUACACUGGUCCUAAAAUUCACAGGGAAAGACUGACCUUUUUCCACCAAAGCUAUAUUUUAUUUGAUGUUUUUUUUUUUUUUUUGACUAGACUUUUCCAGAUCAUUUCUUUUUUCUCUUCUCUUCUUCAGUAUUAGAGAUUGUGAGGCUUGCUGCCAAACUGUAUGAUACUGUUACACUAAAGAGAAGAGUAAAUGCUGUACAGACUUCUGAAACGAGAGGGUUUUAUCUUCUAUUUGCUGAGAGGAGAUCAGCUGUUAUGAAAAUCUAUUGUAGCAUUGUUAGGUGACGAGUGUGGCAUGAUGAGAGUACUGGGACUGCUGUGCCAAAAGAAUCAAUAUGCUUUAUUAUCAGUUUUUUUUUUUUUAUUUUGUCAGAAUUGUGAUUACCACUUUUAAUUAGUCACAUUGAAUUUCACAGUUGGUUUGCAGAUAAUGACUUAUAUGGAUUAUGGAUACAAAUUGUUCUAGAUUCUAGAGAAACCAAUGACCAAUGAGCUCUGCCAAUAUGUAGGGUCGAGUUUGAUUAUUUUUAUUUCAGUUGAUGUCAAGUUACAGUACUACAAACUCACCCAAAGCCCCCCCCCUUUUUUUUUUUUUUUUUUUUUUUUAAAGAACAAACCUUUUAAGAGAGCUGUGUAGUCAGGUUUUGUGCAGUUCUCUCUUUGCACAGAAGUGUUCAAAUAAAGCUUUGUGCAAAUUCUUCAGGCAGCAGGUUUACCCAAACUAAAUAUCGACCUGUCCCAAGUACAAGUGUCAACCCAAUAUAUCUGUCUCUAAUUGAUAUAGAAGAAAAAUUGAGCUUGUCAUUAAUAGAAAUGAUCAGUAUAUUUGACUUUUUGACUCAGAGAGGCAUUUGGUACAAGCUCAAACCAAUCAAUAUGGACCGAAUAUUUAUUCUAAUGGAAUUCCACAAAACAAGCCGUACAAAGGCAGAAAUCAAAAAUGUGCUCACCAUUUUGGGCAGUGUGCACUUGUACACGAGGCUUGACUUGUGGGGAUGUCAGACACAAACGCACACAUUUUUAAGGUUUCAUUAUUUGUUCUGUAAGGUGCAGCUUUGUUGAACUUUGCUUAUUGUUUUUCUUGGCCUUGCAACACUGCAAAAUGUUCAAGCAAUAUUCUCCCUAUUCACCCUAGAUAAGACUAUUUACAUUUGCCAGUGGUGGGUAGUACAGCCUACAGAUGUACUCAAGUAAAAGUAAUGUUAAAAUCAUGUUUCUCAACUAGAAGGCCAAGAAAUGACUCAAGUAAAAUAUAUAUUUGGGCAAUGUAGGAGUAAUUGCAAGAGUAACUGUCAGGAAGCAACAACUGAUUUAGAAUUUGAAGUGAAUGGAAUUGGAAGAACAAAAACAUUGAAAAUACCAGAUUUUGUGCAUUAUUUAAAAGAUGGACACAAAAAUGAGAAACUGAAUCGUAUCUGAAGAACAGACUGCAAGAAAUGCAAAUCAUUGUUGACAUCUUUGUCACUUGUAGACUUAUUCACAGUGGGAACAGUAACCAAAACAUUUACUCAAGUAAGAGUACUGUUACAUGUACAAUAUAUUACACUUAUAUAGACAUGUACUUGAGUAAGUAACAGACUACUACCCACCUCUGUUGACAACCUAAAAACACUAUAUUCUGUGGAUCUUAUGCGAACAUAUUGUUAAAUUUCAGGCAGCUUUUACAUAACUUCUCCACUAGUUACUGAAGUUGCUUUUAUUUGUGUAGCAAUAAAGUAAAUUAUGAAGUCAAUUAAAACUAUAUUUUAUUAUUUUCUUUACUAUUUAAAACUAUUAAAACAAACACAUUGUUUUGCCAAAUUAGAAUGUUAUUGAUUGAAGCACACUUUGUUAAAAGAAACUACUGUCCCCAAUAUUUAUUUUCAUGUUUUGAAUGUAUUUUAUAGUGUGGGCAAAUGUACUUUUGCUGUUGUGAUUUGUAAUGUAACCCCAAAAACUUUUAUUUGAAUGUUUGUUUUGCUGUAAUUUAUAAAUGAAAUACCAUGUUUUUAUUUAUGGUCACCUUUCUUAUUUUCAGAAAGAGGAUACCGUUUUUGACCUGUACCUUUAUCUGUAGCGCCCCCUACAGUCGAGGCGCACUGUUGACUCUUUUGUAUUUCCUGGUGCUUUUUGUGUAUCACUGGUCUGUGUUUCUGCUUGGGUCACUCUGAAAGAAUUAAAUCAUGUGUGGGUUAAUACCUCA